GUCACUUGUUAGUAUCUUCUCAGCAUCUGAACUCCGCCUCCUUAUGCAUUGACCACAUGACGGUGACGUCAUCACAGGUCCUGCGGCAUUGAGCAGGUACAUAUGAGGUUCUGGUCAGGAUUACACAGUAGAGAGGAAGAUAUUUGGUGACUAUGUGACCCCGAGCCCCAUCACAGAGCCUCAACCUUACUUAACUGAAACAAAACAGAGACCAUGGGCAGAAGAUCCUAGAACUCACCAACAAGAUCAUUGAGUUGCUGUCUGGAGAGGUUCCUAUAAGGUGUCAGGAUGUCUCUGUCCAUUUCUCCAUUGAGGAGUGGGAGUAUUUAGAAGGACACAAGGAUCUGUACAAGGACAUCAUGAUGGAGGACCACCAGACCCUCACAUCACAAGAUGGACCCUGUCAACCAAAUCUACCAGCAAAAUGUCCUGUGUUUUCCCUGGAUUUUCCAAAGGAAAAUUACCAUGUCCUUCAGAAUCACCAGGAUGAAGAUCUGCUUAAUAUUAAAGUUGAGGUUAUAGAUGAAGAUGAAGAGAUGUAUAUGAAGGCUAAUUUUCAGAAUGGACCCAGUGAGAGAAAUCCACCAGAGAAUUGCCCAAAAGAAAAUCACAAUUUCACAUGUGAUCCCCAGGAAGAAGAAGAUUUGACUAAUAUUAAAGUUGAAGUUAAAGAAGAAGAAACAGAUGUGAAAGCUUAUCAGCAGUUUGAGGAGAACAUUCUAGUAGAUAUUGGCACAGGUAAUAGAUGUAAAAUGCGUGAGGAACACAUCCUUGUAAUUCCAAAUAAUAUAGUAGAAGAUAAAGAUACCAUGCAGCACUCUUCAGGAGAAAACUUCCUUAACCUUAAUGUGCAUUUGGGACUCCACAGUGCAGAACUAUCAUACAAUCCCCCUUAUCACAAGGAACUUUCUUCUCAUCAAUCACAGUUUCAUACCAGUACGUGUCAAAGACGUGGUAAAAUGUUUCAGUGUGAUGAAUGUGGAAAACAGUUUACAAAAAACUCAAAUCUUUUUAUACAUAGAAGAAUUCACACAGGGGAGAAGCCAUACUCUUGUUCAGAAUGUGGGAAAUGUUUUACCCGUAAAUCAGGCCUGGAUCAACAUGAGAAAAGUCACACAGGAGAAAAGUUGUUUACAUGUUCAGAAUGUGGGAAAUGUUUUACUCGGAAAUCAUUUCUUUCUAGACAUAGGAUAAUUCACACUGGAGAGAAACCAUUUGCAUGUUCUAAAUGUGGGAAAUGUUUUACACAGAAGCCUUCUCUUGUUGAGCAUCAGAGAAUCCAUACAGGGGAGAAACCGUAUUCAUGUUCUGAAUGUGCAAAAUGUUUUACCCAGAAAUCAUCUCUUGUUAAACAUCAGAGAUUUCACUCAGGGGAGAAGCCAUAUCCAUGUUCAGAAUGUGAGAAAUGUUUUAUUACUAAAGCCAAACUCAGGGAUCAUCAGAGAAGUCACACAGGAGAGAAACCAUUUUCAUGUUCUGAAUGUGGGAAGUAUUUUAUUACAAAAGCUAAACUCAGGGAUCAUCAGAGAAGUCAUACAGGGGAGAAACCAUUUCCAUGUUUUGAAUGUGGGAAAUGUUUUACACAAAAAUCAGAUCUUGUAGAACAUGGGCGAAUUCACACUGGAGAGAAGCCAUUUUCUUGUUCUGAAUGUGGGAAAUGUUUUAUUAGAAAAGUCAAACUCAGUAUUCAUCAGAGAAUACACACAGGAGAGAAGCCGUUCGCAUGUUCAAAAUGUGGGAAAAGUUUUACCCAGAAAUCAAAUCUUGUUAAACAUGAAAGAAUUCACACAGGAGAGAGGCCCUAUUCGUGUUCAGAAUGUGGGAAAUGCUUUAGCCGGAAAUCAAUUCUUGAUCAGCAUCUGUUAAUUCACACAGGGGAGAGGCCAUUUUCAUGUUCAGUAUGCAAAAAAAGUUUCAGGAACAAAUCAAGACUUUCAAGUCAUCAGGUUAUUCAUUCUCAUUAAGUAGCUGUAUUUGUUGAAAUUAUAUUUACCAUGGGCCAACUGUAGACAAGGUCCAAGAAGGAAAAGACCCUUCUUGUGUUUCAAAGCAGUGGAUAGAAUUGUCACCAUGAACUUUUCUUCCUUUCACUCUAUUCAUGAUGUCCGACAUGACGUCCACACAAUUGCAUUAACAAGAAUGACAUGGUGGAAAUUGUGGACACUACAAGCUCCAUACAAGUAUCAUUUUAAAUGGAGGGAGCACACUUGCUACUAUACCUAAAACAAAUUUUAAGAUAUAGGCUCUACACUGUUCUUCUAUCAUCCUGCUUUGUCCUUGGGAGAGAAUUCCAUUUGUAAUAUUCUUCUAUGAUUAUCUGUUUUCUGUAAAGGUCCUGUCUUACAAUGUGUGAAGUUUAAUCUAUUACACUGUAAAUAUUUGUUCAGCUUAC